GGGGGAGAGGCAUUUCGAAUUGAGAGGCGAAAAAAAUCUAGAAUUUGUCAGCUUUCCCUCCUUCCUCUGUAGCCUAGUAGUUAGAUCGUUGGACUAGUAACCGAAAGGUUGCUAGAUCGAAUCCUCCGAGCUGACAAGGUGACCUUAGUGUAACCAUUAUGUGGCUCUGGGCACUGCUUCCGAUCUGCUUGGCGGUGUUUGGCACUGUGGGCAUAUGGGUGGUGUUUGGUAUCGCUGUAUCGAAUGAGACUGUUAACAUCACAGGUAGAUUCCCUUACAUCAGUGAGUGUGGCACCUAUAAUCCACAGAGCUGCAUCUUUGCUCAGAUCUGCAACGUCUGUGCUUUCUUGGCCCUGUGGGUUGUGGUGAUCCGGUUUCAGCAGGUCAGGGACUAUGGUCAGAACAGCAAGGUGAACAUCGCCAGUAUCGUACUGGGCUUCAUCUCCUGUGUGGGCAUCUCCCUCAUCGGAAACUUCCAGCAAUCUGUAUUGAUGGGGAUCCACUUGUUGGGAGCGUUCUUGGCGUUCUUCGUGGGCCUGGCCUACUUCUGGCUGCAGGUGUGGCUCUGCUACAAAGCCCAUCCCUUGAAAGACCGUCACUGGGUUGGACCUCUUCGAGCUACAUUCUGUAGCAUCUGCACCGUCCUGGUCAUCACCAUGGCUAUACUUCAUAAUACCGGCUACAAAUCUGGAGCGGCCAUUUGUGAGUGGGCCUUGGUCAUGUCCUUCUUUGUCCUUUUUGGCCUCUUUGGGUCCGAGUUCCGUCACAUCGACUUCCACCAGCUCACCGUGCAGAAACAACGUCUGAAGACUCAGAGCACCAACGGAGUGGUCAGAAUGAAUGAUGUUUCAUAGUACAGCCAAUGAGGCAGGUGGCCUAGUGGUUAGAGUGUUGGACUAGUAACCGAAAGGUUGCAAAAUUGAAUCCCCGAGCUGACAAGGUAAAAAAAAAAUCUGCCGUUCUGCCCCUGAACAACCCACUGUUCCUAGGCCGUCAUUGAAAAUAAGAAUUUGUUCUUAACUGACUUGCCUAUAAAGGUUAAAAAAUAAAUAACAAUGAGCUCGUGACCAUG